AUGCUUGGCCUGACGGAUGUUCUCAGCAACAUGGUUCAAAGUCUGCGAGUCAAUGAGUUGGACCUGUCCAAGAAGUUCCGUAAACUCAUGUGCUGGCGUGUUUUCUUCCAAAAUACCAUGGAAGCCAUUGCUCCGCUCGCUACGUUUGCGACCUAUGUCGUCAUAUCUCAAGAAACAGGCAAUCCUUUGAGUACGGCUUCUGCAUAUACUUCCCUUUCGCUUAUCUAUCUUUUGUCUAACCCUAUGUCCACACUCAUACGAGCGAUCCCUGGAAUGAAGGCAUCGCUUGCAUGUUUCGAUCGAAUGCAGGGCUUUCUGUUGUCGGAUAGUUGCAAGGAUCACCGCUUACCUCUCAGUAUCCGUGACAGCCCAUCCCAACAAGAAGCCCAAAGUUUCGGGUCGCAUGCUUUUGCUCAGGACAGAACUUCGAUUGAGCUACUCGAUCGAUCCAACGAGCCUUCAGUGGAUGUUGGCCAGCCUCUCAUGAUUGUUUCGGACGCAAGCUUUAGAUGGCCGAAGACGGAAGCGCCAGUCCUCAGCAACAUUUCCUUUCCCAUCCGUAAAUCUCACUUCACUUUUGUUAUUGGGAGUGUGGGUUCUGGGAAAAGCACUCUCAUGAAGGCCUUGCUGGGCGAGUUGCAGCCUUCCCAAGGAUUUGUCUACACUGACGCCCGACGAAUCGCAUUUGUUGACCAGAAGCCGUGGAUCCAGAACUUGACGAUUCGACAGAACAUCCUCGGUGUAUCCACAUAUCACAAAGAUUGGUACGAUAGAGUUGUCCAUGCAUGUGGGCUCGAGCAGGACAUUGCUGAGAUGCCUGACAAGGACGCCACGAAAGCGGGCAGCGGCGGUGUUUCUCUCAGUGGUGGCCAGAACCAGAGACUUGCACUUGCAAGGGCCAUUUACUCAAAGGCAGGAGUGCUUAUUCUCGACGAUGUCUUUUCGGGACAAGAUGCUUCGACAGAGGAGCAUGUUUACAGGUUGCUCUUUUCAGAAGCAGGGUUGCUAAGAGAGCUGGGCACGACUGUUGUUUGUGUGACAAACGCUAUUCAUCGGCUGGCAUAUUCAGACCACGUCAUUGCUCUAAGCGAACAUGGCACAGUUCAGCACCAAGGCACAUUUGAGCAACUCGAGAACGACACUGAUUACUUCAGUGGUUUGCAUCUUCGGCAGAACGGGGCUGCCACGGGAGACGGCGACUCCUCGAAAGCCAACGACAAAUCAACUUCAGCACCUCAAGGACCAGAAGAAGAAACCGAAUCUGCUAACCGAGCACUGGGGGAACUUGCUACGUAUGCUUACUAUUUCAAUACGGUACCCAAGUGGCAUGUUCUGUUGUUAGUGACGCUCACAGUCUUGUUCGGCGCGGCCCACAAGAUGACUGAGCUAUUGCUUAGUUUCUGGACCGGUCAUUCUGUUGUCACUCAACAAAGCGUCAACAACUUCUACCUUGGACUCUACGCAAUGCUGGCUGGACUUGCAAUAAUUGGCAUCAUGGGUGCAGCUGUGCAUUACCUUGUUAUCAUGGUACCGUUGAGCAGCGAAGUUCUGCAUGCCCGGCUACUCCGGACAGUUAUGAAUGCUCCGUUGUCAUUCUUCUCGAGGAUGGAUGUUGGCGUUACAACAAACCGCUUCAGCCGCGAUAUGUCAGUUAUAGACACAGAGCUUCCGUUUGCAUUGAUUGACCUGGCCAUUGACACCAGCGUCACUAUCAUGUCUGUUAUACUUAUGUGUGUGUUCUCUGGAUACUUUGUGGCGACGCUGCCCCCUCUUGCUUUCUUCUGCUGGUUGCUUCAGAGAUUUUACCUCCGAACUUCUCGUCAGAUCAGAAUACUUGAGCUACAAGCAAACUCACCUCUAUUCACACAAUUCCUUGACACCCUCCAAGGUUUGUCUAGUGUAAGAUCCUUCGGUUGGGUGAAGCAGUUCAAGGAACAACACUUUCAGUUCCUUGACGCUUCUCAGCGUCCAUACUAUCUCCUCUUCAGUAUUCAGCGCUGGCUAGCUGUUGUCCUUGACCUUGCAGUGGCAGCGCUUGCUACAAUCCUGAUGGUCCUUAUUGUUAAGCUUCGAGACAAUUUCGAGCCGAAGUUUGUGGCAAUGGCCCUUCUCAAUGUGACAUCCUUCUCGCAAUAUCUCACGCAACUCAUCAAGAAUUAUACGCAACUGGAGACUUCUCUGGGUGCUGUUAGUCGUACUAAAGAGUUCUGCACCACAACUGACAGUGAGAAUCUCCCGGGCGAGGUUGUUACCCCACCCGAGAGUUGGCCUUCCCAUGGCCACGUGCAGAUCGACAAGCUGACAGCUGCAUACACCGCUUCGGGCGAGCCAGUGCUACACAAUGUCAGUCUAGAUAUCGCCGCAGGCUUCAAGGUCGGCGUCGUUGGACGUAGUGGCAGUGGCAAAAGCUCCUUGAUGGCCUGUCUUCUCCGGAUGUUGGAGGUUGACCCCAAUUCUAGCAUUAAGUUUGACGGUAUUGACAUCACUACACUCCCGCGACAAACUGUACGGGCUUCUGUGGCAGUCGUACCUCAGCAUCCGUUCUUCAUGAAGAAGACUACCGUUCGUGACAAUCUGGUCCCUCGCGGCGAGCAGCCUGAAGAGAGAAUUCUCGAUGUGCUUAAUCGCCUCAGGAUGAAAGAGGCUGUAGAAAAGCUUGGAGGCUUGGACGGCAUUCUUGAUGUUGAGCGACUAUCGCAAGGUCAACGCCAACUUCUUUGCCUAGCCAGAGCUAUACUGGCUAACAAGAAGAUGAUUUUCCUUGACGAGGCGAGCAGCAACGUCGACGCCAAGUCGGAGCAACUGAUCCGACAGGUGGUCCAAGAGGAGUUCGUGGGAUGCACGGUCAUCGCUAUUGCACAUCGCUUGGGUGCUGUUGUUGAUUUUGAUCGAGUUGCUGUGAUGGGAGGAGGAAAGGUGAUCGAGUGGGACAACCCAAGGGAGCUACUGAAGAGGGAGAGCGAGUUCAAGAGGCUAUGGGAUUUGAGUUCCGGAUAA